AUGAUGCGCAGAAAGAAGAACGUGAAGAAGGGAAUCCAGUUCUGUUUGAUGGUCUGCGGAGCAUCAGGCACUGGAAGAACGACCUUUGUCAACACUCUCUGCGGCAAGAGUGUGUUGGGCCACAAGGAGUCGGACGACCCCAACAGCGCGUCUGUCGAGGACGGUGUCAAGAUCAAGCCCAUCACCGUCGAGUUGGAGCUGGACGAGGAGGGCACUCGCAUCUCCCUGACGAUUGUCGAUACCCCCGGUUUUGGUGACCAGAUUGACAACGAGGCCAGCUUCUCCGAGAUUGUCGGCUACCUUGAGAGACAAUACGAUGAUAUUCUGGCCGAGGAAUCCCGCAUCAAGCGUAACCCGCGAUUCAGGGACAACCGUGUGCACGCCAUGCUCUACUUCAUCACCCCCACCGGUCACGGUCUCCGUGAGCUUGAUAUCGAGCUGAUGAAGCGCCUCGCCCCCCGUGUUAACGUUAUCCCCGUCAUUGGCCGUGCCGACUCCCUGACUCCUGCUGAGCUGGCCGAGUCAAAGAAGCUUGUUAUGGAGGACAUCGAGCACUACCGUAUCCCCGUCUACAACUUCCCCUACGACAUUGAAGAGGAUGACGAGGACACGGUUGAGGAGAACGCCGAGCUGAGAGGCCUGAUGCCGUUCGCCAUCGUCGGCUCUGAGGAGGUUGUCGAGAUUGGUGGGCGUAAGGUCCGCGCCCGUCAGUACCCCUGGGGUGUUGUCGAGGUCGACAACCCGCGCCACUCCGACUUCCUCGCCAUCCGCUCUGCGCUCCUCCACAGCCACUUGGCCGACCUGAAGGAGAUCACCCACGACUUCCUCUACGAAAACUACCGUACCGAGAAGCUCAGCAAGUCUGUUGAGGGCGGUGCUGGAGUUGACUCGUCCAUGAACCCGGAGGACCUCGCAUCGCAAUCCGUGCGUCUCAAGGAGGAACAACUGAGGCGCGAGGAGGAGAAGCUUCGCGAGAUCGAGAUCAAGGUCCAGCGCGAGAUCAACGAGAAGCGACAGGAGCUCCUGGCUCGCGAGUCGCAGCUCCGCGAGAUCGAGGCUCGCAUGCAGAGAGAAGCAUCGGCAGCAGCGGGCGGCCCGGCCGAAGCCAAUGGCGACAACGAAGCCAACUAA